UCAAAAUAAACGCGUUGACGUUUAUCAACAUGGCAUUUGUAAACGAUGAGAAAUUAUGAAAAAUGGUAAAGAAAGCAAAGAAAAAGUACAAAGGUCUAGCUCAAGUACUUCGGAAGUCGUUGAGAGUAUCGAUUUAACUUUACUUCCUACAGCAUCAAUUGAACCACAUCUGUUGCUUACAAGACCUUCAGGAUCAAGUAAUUCGAGUUAUAGUUUAAGAGAUAUAAAUUCUAAUAAUGCAGAUAAAAUUGCCACAGAUCUUUUUGAAGUAGCCUUAAAUGAUGCCAUUCAAAGACCAACGACUUCCGAACUAUUGGACCAAGCCUCAUCAGAAGAUCGAAGAACUUAUCGCUUAACCACAUCACAGCCCAACCUAAGAGGUCCCAAUGACACUGAUUUUCAAGUAAUGAGAACCAAUGCAGGCGGUGCUGCAAAAAUCCAUGCGAUACAAAGCUCCCAAAGCGAUAACACAACUAAAAGAACAACAUCUAAGAGGAGCUUGAAUAGAAUACCACCCUCUUACUCCACGGUUUUAAAAUUAGGACCUCCAAUUACACACUUUGAUUCUAGCACUUACCCAUCGAUACCAUUUAUUACCAGACAGCCUCCUCCUUCUUAUGCGGAAGUACAUGGGUGGGAUGAUAAUCCCAGUAUAAUAUCUGCUGAAUCCUAUUCACUGGGACCCAACCCACUCUACAUCUCAUGUCCUCGAUGUAGAACAGUAGUGGUAUCAGAUAUCCACACGGAAAGAACCCACGUUUCAUACAUCUUAGCCAUAGUGAUGUGUCUUUGUUUAUGCUGGCCUUGUGCUGUAUUACCUUUAUGCCUAAAGUCUUGUAGAAAUACUUACCACUUUUGUCCAACCUGCAAUUACUAUUUAGGCGUUUAUCGGCCUUGCUAAAUAAAAAUUUGCAGUUUUA